AAAGCCAUAAAAUUGGCAAUAUAAUAUUUUACUCAUUUAAUAAAAAUAAUCCCUAGAUCUGAAUCUAAUAUGAAAAUUAAAAAUGAUAAAUGUGGAAUAGUUACCAUUCCUCCAAAAGAUAAAACUAAAGGAAAAAAUUCUGAUUUACAUUUAUAUGUAUCAUAUAAAAUGGAAAAAGAUAUAGAUUAUUUGGCCUUUGCAUUAUAGUGUUAACAUGUAACAGGUAUAGGACCUACUCAUGGUUCAAUUAUCUUUAAUUUAGAAAAAAUGCCAUAAUUCAAAGAAAAUGCUUUAAUUGAAUUUGAAGAUUUAAUGGAAGCAGUUAUCCAUGAAAUUACUCAUAUAUUAGGUUUUAGCGAAAAAGAUAUACCUAAAUGGAUACUUCCUAAGGAAACUACUCAUGCUUUUGUUACAACAAAAAUAAAGGGAGUUGAUACUGUAUUGCUCAAAACUCCUAACGUUUUAAGGUUUGCUCGAGAUUAUUUUAAUUGUCCUCUCUUAGAAGGUAUGCCUCUUUAACAUUUAGGAGGCAAAGGUUCUCAAAUUUCUCAUUGGCCAAACACAAUCAUUCAAAACGAAUACAUGAGUACAUCUACAUCAAUUACUUAGGCCCAUUUUAGUGGUUUUACAACGAAUCUUCUAAGAGACACAGGUUACUAUGCAGAAAUUAACGCCUCUAUGGAAGAAUAAAUGUUUUAUGGAAAAGGAAAAGGCUGUGAAUACGUCAUGCGUAAAUGUGAUACUGCUUUUAGAGAAUAUUGUAAUCCUAAAACUGACGUUGGUUUAUGUGAUUUUUACCACCACGGAUUUUCUAAUUGUAGAAUUGAUUCAUAUAAUGAUUCUGAUUGCAAUAAUUUAUUUGCCUACAGAAAUGGAAAAUGUUGGGAUGUUAAUAGUGAAUUUAACACAGAUACUUAUAGAAAAUAAAAUGGAACUAAAUUUGGUACUGAUUCGAAAUGUUUUAACGGAACUUUAAUUGUUAAAAAAUAUAAAAAACCUUAAAAAGUCUAGGGAAAUUGCUAUUAAUAUGAAUGUAAUCCUAAUGGAUAAUAAUUAACUAUAAAAGUAGAUUAAUUUUAAAUAAUUUGUACAAAAAAUUUAGAAUAAAAAACAUUAUAUAAUUAUCUUGGAUAUAUUUAAUGCCCAGAAAAUAUACAAGAAUUUUGUGGGUUUAAAAAAAUAUGUCAGAAUUUCUGUAGUGCUAAUGGAAUAUGCUUAAAUAAUAAAUGUAUUUGUCUUAAAGGAUUCUAUGGAGUAGAUUGUUCUA